ACACCAAUGGCAACUUCUCUGAUCUGCCAUGUGUGUGGUGAUCGCAGCUCUGGCAAACACUACGGAUCCAUUUGCUGUGACGGAUGUUCCUGUUUCUUCAAGCGAAGCAUCCGAAAGCGAGCACUGUACACUUGCAUCUCCGGCCAGGGCGGUUGUGCAGUUGAUAAGGCCCGCAGGAACUGGUGUCCUUUCUGUAGACUGCAGAAAUGCUUCACGGUUGGAAUGAAUGCUUCGGCCGUGCAGGAGGAACGUGGACCCCGGAAGAAUCGAAAAUUACAAGCGAGAACCAUUCAUCCAUCGCAAAUCCUCGCACAAGUGAUGGUGGCCUGCAUUCGCCAGGCUCGAGUCAACGAGAGCUUCGCGUCGUUCAGUCGAGAGCAGCAAAACCAAAUCCUUCGUCACGUCUGGUUUGAGUGUUUCAUUCUACGUGUUGCGAACUGGUCCAUCGACAUCUCCUCCAUAGUGGAAAGAUGUGCCGAUGAGUCGCUGCGGGAAAUCGUCCACCGAACGAAGGCACUGAAAGUGGAUCUAAUUGAAAUUUCUCUACUUGAGACGAUGAUACUUUGCCGAAAAGCACAGUCUCCGCCCAACAACAGCAGCAGCAGCACCCGUGGUAGGUCCGACCGUCCGUUGGUGUCAACGUUUUUGCCAUUUUCGUGCUAUCGCUUCGGAAAGCUACUGCUAGGAUUGAGAGGCUUAUCGAUGCACUGCUACGAAACCUCGGUACGUGCCAUGUUUCGGGAGAUCGCUGGUGAUGGUUUAAUGGAGCACUUUGUAACCAAAUUAUAA